GAUGAUGCAAAAGAUCCGGCACCAAUGAAAUGUGGGGACACGUCAUUCGAUCUGAUGGGGUGUCAUCCGUCACAUUCAAAACUUCAACCAAUGCAAGCCACCGAAAACAACAACGGCAAGAUAGAGGGCAAUGCAUGCAUGCAUUGAUGCAUUGGCCCUAACUAAAGAACCUGUGCCAGCCAUUAUUUUUAUUCCUCAGAAUAUAUAGAACAGAUUCCUACAAGAUGAAAUUUAGUUCCGCCAUUGCGUUCCUGGCCUUGACGGUCCAAGACGCCUCUGCGUUUGCUCCCGCCUCUAGUAUUGCGCCCAGCACUCGAGCAACUACUCCACUCUUUGUCGCUGCCGACUUGGAGCGUCCUCUGGCAGAAGAAACUGCUUCCAAUGGAGAAGCAGCGGAAGAAAUGGAUUUGAAGAGUCUUCGUCGCGAUCCCACGCCCCACGCCAAACCCGUUUCGUUUGCCACCAAAUGCGCCAGUCUCUACAGUUCCAAACCUGGCGCCGAACGGGCAUUGGCGCCUCCCGUUUAUUUUGGCAGUACCUUUUUGUUGGAUGAUGCCGGACACGGUGCUCGUCUCCACGAAAAACGAGAAGCACCCUACACGGACGACGAUGGAUUCGUCUACAGUCGCUGGGGGAGUCCCACCAAUGAAGCCGCCGCCUUGCAAAUUGCCGCACUGGAGGGUGUCGACAAUGAUAAUGAUCCCCGUGGAUUAGGUUCUUCUCUGCUCUUUAAUUCCGGAAUGUCCUCCAUUACCGCGUCGCUCAUGGCCGUGCUACGAGCCGGAGAUCACGCCAUUUUCCCGUACACGGUCUAUGGCGGCACGCACGAAUUCGUGUCGGAUUUUGCCCAACAUUGGGGCGUCGAAGUGACAUUUGUCGAUGCGGCUGGCAAAGAUGGACCGGCCAAUUACAAGGCCGCCUUUCGAGAGAAUACCCGUGUCGUGUACACGGAAACACCCGCCAAUCCUACCAUGCGAUUGACCGAUUUGGCCGGUGUGGCCGGAGUGGUGGAUGAAUUCUAUGGCAAAGCCGAUAAUGUCGUGGGGAUGCAUCCCACGGAACGAAAACGUCCUUACGUCAUGGUCGAUGGAACAUUUGCCAGUCCGUAUCAUCAAAAGGUACUCGAUAUUGAGGGUAUCGAUGUCAGUAUUCAUUCCGCGACCAAAUUCUUGAGUGGACAUUCCGAUGUCUUGGCGGGGGCCGUCACGUCCCGGAGUGAACCAUUCCUUCAUGGAGUCGCAAAAGUGCAAAAACUCAUUUCGGCGCCCUUGAAUCCCAUGGAUUCUUUCUUGUUGGCGAGAGGACUCCGGACAUUGGAUGUGCGAAUGCAACGACACGGAGAAAAUGCCAUCAAGGUGGCACGCAUGCUAGAAGAACAUCCGCUCGUACAGAGUGUCUUUUAUCCCGGAUUGGACAGUCAUCCCGAUCGAGAAUUGGCCGAUGGGAUUUUCCGUAGUGGCCGCGAUGAUGACAUGGAGGAUGACGAUGACGAGGCACCACCACAGACAUAUGGUGGUAUGAUUUCCUUUAUUGUGGCGGGAGAAGGUGAAGAAGCCUUGCGACGAGCACGUAAUGUUUGUGAAAACUUGCGAGUCGUCAACUUGGCCGUGUCCUUGGGAGGCGUCGAAUCGCUCUGCGAACAUCCCGCCAGUAUGACCCACACCAUGAUCCCGCGAGAACAAAGAGUGGCGGGGGGACUGCACGAUGGAUUGAUCCGUCUCAGUAUUGGACUGGAACGGGCCAAGGAUCUGGUCCACGAUCUCAAGAACUCCUUGGACAUGUGCGAUGACGAAGGGUGUGAUACCGGGUUUUAGUUACUUACUUAUGCAUAGACACAUCAUGCAUUGAACAGGCAGUGCCAUACGGUGUUAUACAUGCAUACAAGCAAGAGCGGGCUAAAAAGAGACGACUGGCAGGAGGGUCGACGUACACGACAGGAAAAGAGAAACAGACUUGCAUAUUACUUUUUAAUGAACAACCACACAUGCAUAUUGCCCCGUUGCCUUCUGCUUGCUCGGCAGUCAAUCAGAAAGGUCGUCGACAACAGCUGAACGCAAACAUCGGUUGUGCGUACUGUAGCUGUCAGCAGGUGUCUUUUGCAGGUCUUUAUCUGUUCGUUUGUCUUUGAAAGGAACAUAAGGAUCUUUUUUCAUAUGCGCUUGCAUGCCAUUGUUUGGCGGAGCAAGGAACCAUUGAUCGCAUGCAUCUACCUACGAACUGGUACCUGGUUGGGCGCGCUCGAGAUGCCAACGAUCUUCAACGGCUUUCGGAAUCCAAAUCCCGCGACGGAACGAACCUCUACAACUACACGUAUCUAUAGAGUCUAGCUAGCUCGUAUUUUCAAACCUGUGAUCUCUCGCUCGUCCCGCAACUUCUGAAUUUCGACUGUUCUUUGCUUAAGCCUGGCCCCGGCUGGCUUCCGUACCGUAGCUAAUUUCCCUACUCUAAACCCCCUUAUAUAGUCUAUCGAGCA